UUGUAUCAUUCGAAUAUAAUACUGAAGAACUUAUGAUAUCUUGCAUAAUUAUAUUUGCCUGUUUUCUAUAUAUGUUUGUAUCCAAUUUGGUCGGACAGCAAAUUAUAGAUCAUAAUAAUUACAUAUUUGUCACUGCAUAUGAAGUUCAAUGGUACGUAACUCCUUUACCCAUACAAAGGCUAAUAUUGAUUCUACUGCAAAGAGGUAUGAAAAGUUUUGGCCUGAAAGUCGGUGGAUUGUUUGUGGCGUCCUUAGAACGUUUUACUACGUUAAUAAAUGCAUCCAUUUCUUACUUUACUAUUAUAUAUUCAACGCGAUUAUAACAGUAUAUUAUAAAAGACAGCUUGCAAUAUAUCUCGUGUCUAAAACAAAAAAUAUUGACAUAAACUAUUUAUAAAAGAAAG